GAGGAUACUAUUUCCUCAUCUGUGUCGAUAUGAAACGUGUAAUCUUCAAAAUGCCGCGCUAUUUGUUAUUUAUAGGAGAUAUGUUUAAUAUAUACGAGCUGUAUGUAAUACAAAUUGCGACGUUUAUUGCCUAAGUAAACCGCUGGAGACUUGAUAGUAGGGCGAUUGUCUGUCCGUUGCCCUUUUGAGCGGAUCUUUACGGUAAUGCAAUGUGAAAUCAGAUCACCGAACGGUGGUAAUGAUGGGUCAAGUUCGGCAGCAGGGCAAAUGCGGGAACGUGACUUCCCUGUAGAAAUGUGUUGUCUAUGUAGUUGUCUUGGCAACAAGGGAGCGUUUUAAACAAACGAGAAGGCUACUAGAAUGCCCCCUAAGAAGAAAGGAGAGUCUGCCCUUAAGCAGGAUACAGCUGGACAAGGAGUAGAGGACUCAGAACACCCCGGGUCUGACAGAGAGGCUCUGCUACAGAGAGAGUACGACAAGCUAACCGACACCUUGAACAACCUCAAGAGGAAAGUGGAAAAGUUACGGCGUGAGAAUGAGUUCCUACAGAAUGAGGCCAACCAGACUCGCAUGGAGAGCCAAGAGUACAUGUCGUACAUGUCCAAGCGGACCCAGAAGCGUCAGAGUGCCAUCGUCACCCUUAGCGAUCAAAACCACCAGGGGCUGGAGGCCCUGAAGUGGCAGAGGGAGGAGACUCUGGACAAAUACCAGGAACAGGCCAAUGAGCUAAAGAAGGAGAUUCUGGAGAAGGAGAAUGAACUGGCGCUGUUAAAUAUUGAGAUUGCUGAGCUCCGAGAAUUUAAAAGCCUGCAGCAGCAGCAGCUGGGGCGUAUAGCGGAGCUAGAGAGGGAGGUGACCAGUAUGCAGUGUCGUCACUCUGAAUCCCUGCAGGCCCUGAAGGCUGGCUUCCUCAGUGAGAAGGAGAGGUACGAAGCACAGGCCAAACAAAAAAUACAGGCCCUGGCCCUCGCCGCUAAUAGGGAGGCAUCUCGCUGCCUACUGUCCCACACUAGAGCUGUGACCCUGGAAAACCAGCAUCUGAGGGAAGAGCUGCAGCAGCUGAUCCAGAGAGCCCACUCCCUGAGGGGCCUCCAGGACCAGCUCCAGGCCCAGAGGCAGCAGCUCCUACUGGAGAGGGAGUACGUCAGGGAGCUGAGGCGCCUCCGAGCCACCCCGGGGCCGACCCCACCAGGGUCCCACACUCGGCCACUGGGGGUGGACAGAGGGAGAGAAGACACAAGACACCACCGCACAGCAGAUACCUGAGAGAUAAUACAUAUGGAAUCAUGUAGUAACCAAAAAAGUGUUAAAUCAAAAUAUAUUUGAGAUUCUUCAAAGUAGCCACCCUUUGCCUUGAUGACAGCUUUGCACACUCUUGGCAUUCUCUCAACCAG